AUGUCGACUCCCAUUGCUAUCCCCCGCCAAGCACAAGAUACGUUCGAUGACCAUGCGGUGUCGACCUCUCCUCCGUUCGUUCACCGUGCUACCGACUACGGCACCAGCCCUCGCCAGUCCUCGCCGACGUUCAAUCCCUCUGCUGGGCCUGCCUUUGGUGUAAGGCCAAAGGUCCUUAAGCCCUUUGCUACCGAAGAACUUCGUCUCUUGCUGCUCGAGAACAUCAGCCAGGACGCCGUCCGCGCAUUCACCGACCUCGGAUUUCAGGUCGACUUUCACAAAAAGGCUUUCUCCGAGGCUGAACUCGUCGAUUCAAUCGGAAAAUACCACGCCAUUGGCAUUCGCUCCAAGACCAAAAUCACAGCCCGUGUCUUGAAGGCUGCUACCAAACUCCUAGUCAUCGGUUGCUUCUGCAUCGGUACUAACCAAGUCGACCUCGACACCGCCGCACGAGCCGGUAUCCCCGUCUUCAACUCUCCGUUCUCCAACUCGCGCUCCGUCGCCGAGCUCGUCAUUGCCGAAAUUAUUGCGCUCUCCCGCCAACUAUUUGAACGAGCAUACGAAAUGCGUUCCGGAAUAUGGAACAAGCUCUCGGCCGGGUGCUGGGAAAUCCGUGGCAAGACGCUCGGAAUCGUCGGGUACGGGCACAUUGGCUCGCAGUUGUCGGUCCUCGCCGAGGCGUUUGGUAUGCGUGUGGUCUACUACGACGUCUUGAACCUCAUGCCGCUCGGGUCGGCCACACAGGUCCCGGAUCUCGAGACCUUGUUGUCUCAGUCCGACUUUGUCACGCUGCAUGUGCCCGAACUCCAAGAGACGACGGGAAUGAUUAGCACCAAGGAGCUCGGAUGGAUGCGUCGUGGCGCCUAUUUGAUCAAUAAUGCGCGCGGCAAGGUUGUUGAUAUUCCUGCACUCAUCGAAGCGCUCGAGUCCAAGAAAAUCGCUGGUGCAGCCAUCGACGUUUACCCCGCCGAACCGGGAGGAAAUGGUCAACCGUUUGACGACCAGCUCAACCCGUGGGCAUCUCGCCUCCGCGCACUCCCCAAUGUCAUUCUCACACCCCAUAUUGGUGGAAGUACCGAAGAGGCUCAGCGCAUGAUCGGAUUCGAGGUCUCAAGCGCACUCGCCAGGUAUCUAUCAUAUGGCGCAACUCUGGGUGCUGUCAACUUCCCAGAAGUGGACUUGCGCGCCAUCACCGCGGAGCAAGAUUUUAUUCGCGUGUGCUAUGUACAUCAGAAUCAACCUGGUGUGCUUCGGCAACUCAACGAGAUUCUUAUGGACCAUAACGUCGAGAAGCAAUAUUCAGAUUCCAAGGCAGAUGUUGCGUACCUCAUGGCCGAUAUAUCGAAUGUUAGCGAAGCGGAUAUUCAGGACAUCCAUGAUCGCAUUAGCCAUACAAAGGCUAAUAUCAUCACUCGUCUUCUUACAUGA